AUGUUCCUUAUGGAUCUAUUCCGCCCAUAUGUCGACAGUAAGAGAAGCCACGGGUUCCAAUCGCGACAUCCAAGCUUCGCCACCCCAGAGACCAUCUGCGCAGCCUCUACAAAGCAACUUAAGGGACUUAUCAUCGAAUGCGUCUCCCAACAUGACAUCACCUCACGCGGUUGUAUAUGGCAUCCUGCGGUCUUGUACACGGCGAAUGCCCUCCUCACAGAUACUGCUUAUUCAGACUGGCAAUUCUUCUACGUGCUCUGCAUAAACUGCUAUGCCAGGCUCUACGACCGCUUUGAAUUCGCCGAAGGUGCUGUUCGGUCACUGCUCGCCAUCGCCGUGGAUCACGGCGCCAUCUCCAAAGAUAACGCAGCCCUUGUUUUCAAGUUUCUACUGGAGGAAAUGAAGUUUAGACAGUCUUCUACAAAACACACUAGUCUAUGGACGGCGGAUUUAAAUCUUGCGAUGCAUGAUCGUGAGGCUGCAGCAACAGCGGCUCUAGCCAGCAGGUUUGAGGAAAUUACAAUUUUCGACGAAUUUACCGAAGGAGCUAUUGCUAUAUAG